AUGGCAAUUGAUAGGCCCAGCACUUUCACUUCGAACGUCAAAAUUAAAACCGCACCCCCCUUGGAGAAAAGUGUCUUACGGGCCUGCUCUCUCAUGAUCAAAAUGGGGGUUCGUUUUGCAAACCAGCUCAGUGGCAUGCUUAGAAGACAUCUGAGGAAGGCCCCGCGUCAUACAAAGCAGAUGGCUUACUUCACUCUAAUGAGGCCGAGACUUGAGUAUGCCGCUGCAGUGUCUGGACUGCACCAACAGCUAGCUAAGAUGUUCAAGACCAAGCAGCAUUUUAUUGCAAUUCCACCAGAAUACCUUCACCCUCUCCAGCGAAGAUCAAGAACCACAAAUAGUGUUGAUCGAGCAGACAUGAAGAGGAAGGUGAUUAUAGACACUGAUCCUGGCACGGACGAUGCUAGAGCAAUUAUAAUGGCCCUUGCCCAACCCGACUGGGAAAUUCUCGCAAUCACGCUUGUUGCGGGGAACUGCAAAAUUAAACACCAAGUUGACAAUAUCGCUCGAUUGUUGCAUAUCUGCGAAAGAACAGAGAUUCCAGUGUACAAAGGUUCAGAAUGCUCGUUGCUAGGCAAUCACGAUCUACAAACUGGUUACCAUGGUGUUGAUGGAUUUGGAGAUGUAUUUACAUAUGAUGUUGACAAAAGUAUGGUCAAAGAAGAAAAUGCUGCCAUUGCUAUCAAUGACCUUGUCCAAAAAUAUCCAGGUGAAGUGACCUUGAUAACCAUUGGUCCUCUGACAAAUGUUGCUAUGGCGAUACGUUUAAACCCAUCUCUUGGCAGCCAAUUAAAAGACUGUUUCAUGAUGGGAGGAAAUAUUCAUGGACGUGGUAACAGAACUACAAGUGCAGAAUUCAACUUUGCAUGUGAUCCUGAAUCAGCAUACAUUGUAUUAAAUGAGCUGAAGACAACAUCUCCCAUUACCAUAGCACCCUUAGAAUCCUGUAGGAUUUCACAUCUCAACUGGGAUGUGUAUGAAAGACUAAACAAGAUUGGAUCCAAGAAGAAUAACUUUACUCAACAAAUUGAUGCCUAUACUGCUGGUGAAAGGAGGAAAGCAGGGGAAAGGAUGAUUGUUUAUGAUGAAUGUGCGGUAGCAGCUGCAAUAGAUGUCAGCACUGUAGAAGACAGUUUUGAAGCCUAUGUCACAAUUGAAUUGACUGGCCAGUACACACGGGGACAAUGUAUCGUAGAUUAUGAUAAAAUGCUGGAGAAACCACCAAACUGUAAAGUCAUUGUGAAAAUGAACCAGGAAAAGUUUGAGGAAUUAAUUUUCCAAUCGUUGAAGUAGAAUGAGAUGAGUCAGUGUUUGGUGUCAUAUGAUCAUUCAUGUCAUCGUGGAUGUAAAGAACUAGAGAAAGGAUAGAAAUAGAGAAAAUACCUGAACAGUGUAUACACAGGGAGAUAUGCUGAUUAC